AUGCCAUGCCCACCAUACUCUGAUCUCGAAUCCGGUAAUCUACCUCCUUCAUAUGGUACUCAACCACCCGCACCUGAGCCCGUCCAUGUGCGCGGAAAGAAGCAUGAAGCGACGACUGACUCGUAUAGUGCAGGGAAUCGUUAUACCAAACAGCAUCCGCCUCAGUUGAAGCUAUCGUCAGAGAAUGCCAUAAGCGGUCGAGGUGGUGCGUCGACGUAUCAAAUCGUUCCCGAGCCAUCGAUUUCUGAGCGUCAGUUGGCUGUC